AUGGCGUCCAAUCAAUUCACUGUGGCCUCGCCACCAACUGAUGCUAUCUCUGCUUUGAAGUUCUCCCCCGAGCCCGAGUCGACACGGAUCGUCGUAUCGUCAUGGGACAAGUUCGUCUAUCUCUAUGACCUGCGGGACGAAAAUGGCGUGGUCGGUGAAGGCAAGCUCCUACAAAGGUUUGAGCACCGUGCUCCCGUCCUGGAUGUUUGCUUCGGCGAGAAUGAGAACGAGAUUUAUACCGCUGGCUUGGAUUGGGAUGUGCGCAAGAUUGACUUGAACACCUCUGAGCAAACUGUCAUCAGCAGCCACGAAGCUGGUGUGCGCAACGUCGUCUACAGCCCCGAACACAAAAUUAUUAUUUCAGGCUCAUGGGACUCCACACUCCAUGUUUCCCGUACAGACACCGGCACUGCCACCGCAUCCCUACCGGCAAUCAUCCCCCUCCCCUCGAAACCCUUCUCUAUCUCCCUCACAGCUACCAAGUUGGUUGUCGCCAUGGCAUCGCGUGCCCUACACAUCUACGACCUGAAGGCCCUGGCCCUCCUCACUGCACAGGCUGACAGCACCACAACCAACGGUAACCGGGUAGAGAUCGAGCCUUGGCAACAGCGCGAAAGCAGUCUCAAGUUCAUGACACGUUGUGUCGCCUGCAUGCCCGGAGAUACUGGGUAUGCUUCCUCCAGUAUCGAGGGUCGUGUUGCUGUUGAGUGGUUCGAUCCCUCGCCCGAGUCACAGGCGCGCAAAUAUGCGUUCAAGUGCCAUCGCCAGACAUCGGAAGAUGGAGUCGACGUCGUGUAUCCAGUCAAUGCGCUCGCAUUCCAUCCGGUCCAUGGCUCAUUUGCAUCUGGAGGCGGUGACGGUGUAGUCGCUCUGUGGGAUGGAAUUUCCAAGCGCCGCAUUCGUCAAUAUCAGAAAUACCCAUCUAGUGUCUCUGCUGUUGAUUUCAGCGGCAGUGGUAAAUACUUGGCUAUUGCAGUGAGCCCCGGUUUCGAAGAUGGCAAGGACGAUAUCCCAGAAGGAGUGGUCAAGAUCUUCGUGCGCGAGUUGGGCGAGACAGAGGCAAAGGGCAAAGGUGCGAAAUAA